CGAUAAUUUUACUAAAUCGAUACAUAUUUGUAAGCUAUAAAUCUUAUUUGUUAUUGUUCUUUCAACAUUCGCAUAUUUUGCAAAACUUCAAUUGUUUACAAAAUGCAGGAAAAUAAAUAUAAUGAUUUAAUGCAGAAAAUCGAAUUAGAAGAGUUAACUCAGACUAACAUCGAUGUGGAAUCCUACAUACAACUGCUGGCGAUUUAUCUGUAUCAGGAUAAAAUAGCUGAUGCCAAAUAUUUAUGGCGAAGAAUACCACAAGUUUUAAAGGAAGACAAUAACGAAUUAGAAAGAUUGAAUUUAGUAAUGUGCACUCUAAUCGCUAACAAUGCAACCGAUUUCUUCCGACAAGUGGAUUAUCCUUGGUCAGCAAAUAUUAAGCAUAUAAUGCAGGAUCUAUUUGAGCGAAUGCGUAGUGAUGUAUUAACAUUGGUUGGCCAAGCUUAUAUAUCUAUUUUCGAACAUGAUCUGAUGCAACUUACUCACUUAUCUCGGGAUGAAUUAAAACAAGCCUGCCAAGCUCUAGACUGGAAAUAUGAAAACGAAGAUCAAAAGGCAGUAAUUAUUCCUAAAAAACCAGCGCCCAAUACUGAAUUCACAGCAAGUUCGGAAGAUUUGCUGUUGAAAUUAACAGACUUUGUUUCAUUUUUGGAAAAUUAAAAUUUUUAAUGAAUAAAUUAAAUCGUACUGUACAUAAUUAUUGAACGCAA